UCAGUGCUGAAGGCUGAAAGCAGCAGCGAGCUCUCAGCUGCACGCAGUCCUUCGCUUGCAACGCCGAACUGGCGGCUGCAACUGCGAGAAACUUUUUUUGGUGAAUCUUCUGCUUUCCCUUUGAAGAUGACCUAACUUCGAAAGAGCCUCUGCUGGCCAGGGAUCGGCUGUGUGAGAGAGACCCUCCUACCUCCACCACCACCAUCAUCAGCACUUGAUAGCAGCACUGCAAAUGGGAGGUCACCAACCGGUCGUCUGUUUCGACCAAAUGCACUAUCUGCCCUCCACCCUCAUCUAAGAUGGCUGCCUGUGGCCUUCUUCUGCAUCAGAACAGACUGGAGCAGCGCUGCAUGGUACCAUGGUGAUCAUUUUCUUGAAAACACAGGAAAAGAAGAAGGGUGUCAAUGAUGUAAGGUGCAAGAACAUCGAGAGACGGCUGCGUGACCUCCACACCAUGAGCAGAGGGACCACCCUCUUCUCCUGUGGAACUGUGGAGGCAGAUAGGUGGCUGGACCUCAGUCAAAGCUGUGCCAUCCAGCAGAGAGCUCCCUGCCAGUCUGGUGCCAGUCUGGACAGCCUGUGGGAUGUGAUGCCUGAGCCGGGGAGCUGGCACUGGGUCAAGGAGCCAGGCAGUGCCACAGCAAUCACCAGUCUGAUAAGAGAUCUCAGCCUCGGUGAUGGCAGUGUGAUCAGCCCCCACUCCCACACCACGUCCACCACUGCACACUACACCACUACAUCUACCAGCCAAGCUCCUACGGCACCACCAAGCAAACGUCAGUGUCGCUCCCUGUCGUUCUCUGAUGAAUUCAGUGGGUCCCGUUCAUCUUGGAGGCCUCAAGGCUCCCGAGUGUGGACAACGGUGGAGAAACGAAGGUGCCACAGUGGAGGAAGUGUCCGAGGAGGAGGGGGUUUCUCCAGUGGUCAUUUUCCCACCAUGCAGCGUAGCUCCAGCUUCAGUUUGCCCUCACGCUCCAGCAUCCCUUCAGAUGGAGCCCUGGACCUGCCAUUCUUCAACCAGCGACUGCCCCUCCACCCUCAAUUCACUGCCUCUCCAGUCUCCCCUACCUCUCUUUCCUCGCAUCAUCACCACUCCCGCCAUCACCACUUCCUCAGGCCUCUCUCCCUCUCCCACGAGCAGAUCAGUCUGCCAGAGCUCCAGAGGGAAGAGGCAUCAGAGGCCAGUUCUCCAGACUCCACCCCAGAAUUGGGGAGGCGAGCUGGCCAGAGAGCCGGGGGCACAGGGUGUCUGUCUCGGAGCAGGUCCCAGCCCUGCGUGCUAAAUGACAAAAAGAUUGGUAUGAAGCGCAGGAGACCAGAAGAUGCCCAGGAGCAGCGGCCCUCCCUAGACCUGGCAAAGAUGACUCAGAAACUUCAGACUUUUCAGAGCUUGAGCUGCCCCGGAUUCUCAGCCACCGAUGGCCUGCCCCCUCCCAGCUUUGAACCCUCCAGCCAACCAGAUUCAGAUUUCACUGCUGUGUCCGAGCUGGGACUGGAGUCACGGCAGGAAGUGGCAGGAGAUGACGAGGAAGAGGAUUCAUCCUAUGAGGAGCUGGAUAGCGACUCGGCUUGUAGUGUGGACUCACGGCCCGGGUCUCCUGUAGGCAUCGUGGGCGGUAAACACACCCUCUGGAAGGGUGAUUGUGGGACACAGAGGGACAUUUUCCAGCUGGGGGGAGAGCUAGAUCUUGACCAGAUUGAGAAAAACUGAAGAUUUUGUAGAUUUUAAGACUGGACUUUUGUGGAAAGUUAUUGGACAUUGAUUAUGUACCAAGAGAUGACUACGAAGAAGGGCUUUGAGACAAAGAGUGGAGAAGGUUUUUUGUCGACUUCGAAAGGGAAAGACAAGGAAAGUGAUAUAGAUGAUAAAGGAUUAAGUAUGUUGUUAAAGACUGGCUUUUUAAUGACACAUUUGCCUUGAACAUUCGUACUGUUUGAAUCAAAGAGCAGUGACCUUAGUUGUUUUUUUUAAUUGGGUAUUCAGCUUAACUCAGGAGUAGGGAAGUGAGGGUUAGUCUUAAAAAAAACAAAAAUAAAACAGCCCCCACUGUCUUUUCAACCUGAUGACCUUUCCAAAGUCAGCUAACAUUAGAUUUCUAGUACUGUAGCAGUAGCUGGGCUCUCCUGUAUUUAGCUCGAGUUUUUUUUUUUUUUUUUUUUUUUCAGAGAAAGUGGGGGCGUCAAGGAUGGGGUGAAACAGGGAGGGGUAAACAACAGGAAGUAGUAUCUUCUCACAGACUUACCUUUGACCUUCAUAUUUUGUGCACAUAAAAAUCUGAUUGUUUUGCUGAAUGUAGGCUUAAUAAGCUUUGAGGAAUUUGGAAAUGACAGUGCCUUCUUUUGGAUGCUUUCUCUCCCUGUUCUCGUCAAGAAACUAGCCUCAAUCGAAACCACCUUUUCUGACCUUUUUGUAGUUUAAUAUGCAAAUUGUAUAUUUGAAUUCAAUACUGAAUCUCAUGUUCUCUCAUCAAUGUAUAUUUUUCUAAGUAACUGUUUCUCAUGAGCUUGUUUGUGAAGGAGCCUGUUUGUGAAGGAGCAAGAAUACAAGGCCUUUCUUCUAACAGAAUGGACAUGAAAUAAAUGUACAACCUGCACUCA